CGACAACACGUGUGAAAUUUCAUACGAGACGUUCAAUCAGAAGUAUUUGACAAACUUUGUUUUGUGUUUCUUUUUAUUGUAAAGAUAGUUUGAAUUACUUGUGUGAAGGAUUUUAAACAAAAGCCUUGUGAAGGUUACCUAGAUUCCACCGUCACUUGUUUCCAAAAAUGGCUAGAACCAUACGUAAGACCGAUCCGGUCAAGAAAGCCGGACGUAAAGAUGGAUUCAACCGAUCCGGACACAGUAUGAACCCAGAUCGAAAAACAUCCAACCUCAGAGGUGUCAGCAAGGCCAGAGAUAAAGCAACAAUAAAGAGAUUGCAGAUGUACCGUAACUUUAAGGCAAAACGUGAUGAAUCAGGCAAAAUUGUUCGCCCUGCACCGUUUCAGUCCAAAGUACCUUCUGGUACUGUUGCCCGUGUAGAGCCUAACCGUAGAUGGUUUGGUAAUGUCAGAGUGGUGGGGCAAUCAGCACUACAAAAAUUCCAGGAAGAACUUGGGCAAGCCAUUAAAGAUCCCUAUCAGGUGGUUAUGCGCCAAACAAAGCUACCCAUCACGUUGUUGAAGGAAUCCUCUAAAUUCGCCCGGGUACACUUGUUGGAGACGCAAAGUUUUGAAAAUACGUUUGGCCCGAAGAAACAGCGCAAACGUCCUAGUCUCGCUACCGGUGACUUGGACAGCUACGUGUCGUCAGCUCAAAAAUUCGGUGAUGAUUAUGAAAUUGAAAAAGAUGGAGCAUUGGUCCGUGAGCUGUCAGAUGAUCGUGCACUUAGCCGAGAGUGGAUCAUGAAAGCUGGUUUGAGUAAGAGAAUCUGGGGAGAGCUAUACAAAGUGAUUGAUUGCUCUGACGUUAUUAUCCAGGUUUUGGAUGCCCGUGAUCCCAUGGGUACCAGAUGCAAACAAGUCGAAGCGUACAUUCGUAAAGAAAAAAGCCACAAACAGUUGUUUUUCGUCCUCAACAAGGUGGAUCUGGUACCCACUUGGAUUACGCAACGAUGGGUGAAGACGCUGAGCGCCGAAUUCCCAACAAUGGCCUUCCGCUCUUCAAUGACCCAUCCUUUCGGUAAAGGAUCGCUUAUCAACUUGUUGCGCCAGUUCGGCAAACUGCACAGCGAUAAGCAACAGAUCAGUGUGGGUUUCAUUGGUUACCCAAAUGUCGGAAAGUCAUCCGUCAUCAACACACUCCGCAGCAAGAAAGUUUGCAAAGUGGCGCCAAUUGCCGGCGAGACCAAAGUCUGGCAGUACAUCACUCUGAUGAGAAGAAUCUUUCUCAUCGAUUGUCCGGGUGUCGUCUUCCCUACUGGAGAAACGGACGAAGAAAAAGUGUUGAAGGGUGUUGUUCAAGUGGAGAAGCUGAAGACACCAGAAGACUUUAUCCCGGCCGUACUAGAAAGAGUAAAGAAAGAAUAUCUUCGCCGCGUGUACCGGCUGAAUGAUUGGAAAGACGCCAACGACUUCUUGGACCAAAUGGCUCGCCGGACUGGCAGAUUAUUAAAAGGUGGUGAACCAGACAACAACGCCGUAGCUCGAAUGGUCUUGAACGAUUGGCAACGAGGCAAAUUACCUUUUUUCGUCGCCCCCGUCAAUCCGGACUCGGAAAAAGUGCAGGAGAAACCUGUCGAAGAGCCGUCGCCUGCCGUUGUCGAUGAAUCGGGAGAAGAAAAGGACAAAACGAAAAAGAAAUUUGAGCCUAAAUUGGCACAGGAUUUCAGCAAAAUCCGUGUCGAUUUGAAAUACGAAGGUGACGACGUUCAACCUCUGGAGGAGCAAACAGAAUUGAUCGAAGAUCACUCAGCAGAUGAAGGAGACGAUGAUGAAGAGGAAGAAGAUAAACCGGUGGACACAACAGCUACAGAAGAGCCGAAAUCGGCGAACGCUUCUAAACUGGACGACAGCGAAUGGCUUGACGACGAGGAAGACGAUGAGGAAGAUGUCGAUGGAAUGGACGAAGAAGACGGUGACGAUGCUGACGGUUCCAAGAAAAAAGAUAAAACUUUGAAACUCAAAACAAGAACGAUCACGAAGAGCGGAGCGUUUUCCGUCUCUUCGACGUCGCGAUCGGCAAAGAAGGGCAACGAGGACGACCGGCCAGAGAAUCCACGCUGGAAAUUGACGUCGAGGGAAAGGAGGAAAAUCGAUCGUGAUCAAAAGAAAAAGAAAGUCGGCACACAUUUCUAUGAAGUGGUCAACGUCAAGAAUAAAUCCAAGAAGAAGGGUUUCUUGGAAAUGGCCAAAGCAUUUAGAGGUCACUGCAAGAAGUAGCGACUCUUUGUAACUGUCUAAUCUUCUAAACCUGAUGAUUUCAAUUAGUUAAUGCUUCACAACUGAGCCGACAUUCAUUCGCGAUUCUUCCCCUUUGUCGCUGAUUUCAGGUGGUCAACUUCUUAUGUAAUUCGGUUUGAAAUAAAAUGAUGAAUAUUGA